AUGACAUUUCCAAUUUGUACAGAAAAUAAUCACGCUCCAUUUAAAGAUCAGAUUGACGAUGAGACCGUAAUGUUUGAUCUGGACAUGAGUGUGGAUACUUUGCCUGGUACACCCCUAAAAAAUGAUGACGGCGACUCAGAUACACAAAAGACUCGGACGAAUCAGUCCAGUAAUUCUCUCUCCGCGACUCCUUCAAGACGUGAGAGCAAAAUGAAGUCAGAUAUGUCUCGUUCUACUUCCAUCUCAGGACUUACUGAUAAUGUUAACUUGGAGGACAUUUACGAGUACGACUGGGCUGAUAGUGAUUCUGAAUCUCCUGGUGGAAAACAUGAGAAGGAGUCAUACAUAGUUCAAGAAGUACUUGCUGACUUUUUAAAGGUCAAAUCUUUUAAACGCAAGUACCCUGAUCUUGCUAGGCGCGCUAUGGAUGCUUAUGAACGAUCUUGGUUGCAGCAAGAGGGGAUUGUUCCUGUUGGUCGUGCAGACCUUGGUCUCACAGCACUCAAAACUGAUGAUGUUAUGAAGCUUUUGCAACAGGAUUAUCCAGAGAUACACAUUGCUUUGACGGAUUUGUUUCGUCGACGAAAAUUUAAAACGGCUGUCGAAAAUCAAAAGCGUCAGUAUGAAGCUGCUCGUAUUGAACGUGGAGAGGCUCGAGCUGAAGCAGCUCGCAGACGAGCGUUAGAUUCUGCUGCUGAUUACAAUCAUCGCUUGAUUACCGAACGUAUGAGUUCAAGACGUUGUUAUUGGGAUUUACAGACAAUGCAAAUUCACAUUCCUCAGAGAAUUUAUAAGUUAUUAGAAUAUCCAACAUUUCCCAAUGGUGCAUAUCCUGUGGCAGUCAUACCUGGACAGUUCGCAGAAUAUUUUAUGAGCUAUACUCCUGAACAGUUAUCAUACCUUCCAUUAUCACGUGUUUUAUAUCCACAUCCACUACGAAAACAUAGAAAUCCACCUCCUCUUCCCACAACGCUUCGAUUUGGUUCGAUUAAACCGAAAUUCAACACACCUACUAUGACCUCUUGUGAUCUCGGUGAUCAAAAUUUAUUUGGUUUAGAUCAUUCUAGAUCUAUUGACUCUUUAAACCACCAAACCACGAGCUCAAUGGAAGUUCUUCGGACUAGAUAUGCAAACGGAUCACUAUUAUCAAGUGGUGUUACUAAUUCAAACAUGUUAGUUGGUGACAGAUCAUUGGUUUCUGAUGUAGAAACAGAUAAAACAAGUAAUUCGAUCUAUCGACGAUUUAAAAGAAAUACAGAAAUAAAUACAGAAAACCCUAUUUGUGUUGUUUGUGGCCAAUUAGCUACGAAUUAUAUACGUUGUUCUGAGUGUAAAUUAAUUGGUCAUCCAAAAUGUUUGGAUAUACCUGAUUCUAUGCUAUCAGGUGUGAAAAGCUAUGAUUGGACAUGUUUAGAGUGUAAACGGUGUGUGGAAUGUAACGAUUCAGGUCAAGAAGAUCAAAUGAUGUUUUGUGAUCGUUGUGAUCGAGGUUAUCAUGCAUUUUGUGUUGGUUUAGGACGAAUUCCUAAUGGAAAUUGGGAAUGUUUAUUAUGUGAAUCAUUGCCAACUCCACCUAGGAAAGGACGUCCUAGGAAAAACAGACCCAAAGAUUCAGAUGAUUUGCCAUGGGGUUAUAGUGUGAAGAAACCGCGUAAACCAAUGUUGAAGCGGAAAAUUUGUCAAACACCAGGUGUCAGUGAUAUUAAAGACACAUCUUUAGCACAUAGUUCUAAUCUAUAUGGUAACGUUCAACCCGGAGUCCCUGGUGCUGAAGUAAUACCUAAACGACGUCGAGGCCGUCCUCCGACAAAAAAUCGCAUUAUUGUAUCUCUUCCACCCCCAUCUUCUCCUUAUUUUUCGAAUCCAACCAAUUUUAGUCCUAUUUCUUCAAAUGUUUCUAUUCCCCUACCAACCCCUCCACCUAAACCUUUAUCGAUCAAAGUGUCUAUGACUGAAAGUGAACCUUCAGGACUAUAUCCAGCUAACUCCAUUCCAACUAAAAUAGAGUCCUUUGUUGCGGAAAAAGUUGAUAUUUCCGAAAAGUCUGAACAUUUAAAACCGAAUAACAGUAAUAGUAUUACUAAUAGUAGUAGUACAGUCGACCAAACUGAAAAUAAUAUUGUGAAACGUGUUGGUGAAACGCAGAUUCCUUCUUCAACAAAUUCAUCUGAAUUAAAUAAUAUUGAAAAUUGAUUAAUCAUUUAAAUUGUUAGCUACCUUUUACCCUCCAGACUUUGUAUAUUUAUCCAUUGUACUUUAAAGUCCAUAGUUUCAUUUUUAAUAACUUGUUUUAGUUACCUUUCUUUCCAUGUAUUUGUAAUAAUGAAAUUUAUACUCUAUCUUUCAAAUGUGGUUGAAUUUUUAAAAUAUAUUUACUGUUAUAA